AAUUGUGAAAAUUGUGGAGCAAUAAAUUUACAGAAAAGCAUCCUGCAAAUUUCAACCGGCCAGACUCAUUACUGUGUUCAUGGGAUGCAUCCAUAAACUUUUAGUGAUGAAUCAAGCAGUGACGUUUCUCUUAUCGGAUAAUGGAUACCUCAGGAUCCCGAGCUAUCUUUAAUUAAGAACCAGGUUUGUAUUUUUAUUCAAAUGAUAACCAAAGGCAUUUCAACGAAGCAUUUAGCAAAGAAGGAACUGGCAAGUUAUUCAUAAAAAACAGUCUCAAUUUACUAAUUCUGAAGUGACGAAUCCAUAAGUUUGGAUUGAAAAGGGAGCUAACACAUGACAGGUUAGCUAAAAAUUCGUUGGAAAGCAAGAAGGUAUGCCAAAAACAUGAAAAGGCUGGAAAGUUUCCAUUUUUUGACGAAGCUAUAAAAGUCUCAACACCAAAGUUUCAUAGUUGAGCUCUCCAAAAAAAACCCUCGUUCUUAAAAAUGGAAACACUUAUCCAUUCAGUAGUUCUGGGGCCAAACAAAUAUGUGAUGUGAAGGUCCUCGAGAAAUAAUCCAGCCUUGAGUGUUCUUAUUGACGCUCUGGACAUUUGAUAUAAGGGCUAACAUAUCCCAUGGCCUUUGCCCGCGAAACACGACUCUUCGAAGUGACAUUUCUUUAUCUAACACCUCAUCCUUUUUGGUCUCUUGGCUCGAAAAAGUUCUUUCCUGGGGAUGCUCGCUCAGAAUACGGAGACACGACAAGUUCUUGUCUGGAAGCCAUCACUUUGCCUAUAUUUAUUGGAAUAGCUCGGGUUUGCACGUCCAACUGGCCAAGGUUUCUGACAACUCCAACCAGCAUCAUCACUAUCAACCACUUGGCCCGUGUUCCACGUUCCACGUUAGUCUCUAAAUGUCCGUCACUUGAGCCUCUCGUUCGUGCGUUCGUUUGUUCGUUCCAGCUCAAAUUCUGCGAGAUCCCGAUCCCGAGGACCACGAAGAACAAGAAAGAAGGCUACAAGGCUGAGCUGAAGGCAGCGAGCGACUCAGAGAAGCACGACAAGCAGAUCCGAGCUUGCCUCAGUCAAACUCGGUUCGUGGAGUCGAUUGGAACAGGAACGGGAACAGAGCAUCAUCCGUUGUGGAACCAUUCGAAAGGGAACCAAACUUUUUGUCCUCAUUGCUUUCAGACCGAAUCGAUUCUAGCUUGAAGAGAAACGACGACUGCACAAGUGAAAGUUUGUUCUUCCAUUUCAAUCGGCAUUUUAUCCAAAGGUCGAAGGCAUGUGGAGACUUGAUGCUUGGCCAAAUGAGAAAGGGGAUGCGUCUAGCGCUGUGCGAGUGAAUGAUAUAACUCAAUUAAUCAAUGAAUUGAGCGACGACUCCUUUCUCGAGAUGAUUCUCUAUUGAAAACAGUGGUCCAAAGAUUGAUUCCAUCCCUCGAUCUCCAUCACUCGGCUCCAUUAUCCCUCGGGUUUUCUCCCCUCUCUCUAUCGAAAUGGUGGACGAAUCUUCGUAGGCUCUGGAAGGAAGGCUAAAUCAAAACAUUCUGCCGGAGAUAUCUCUCUCUCUCUUCAGAUUUCAUGGUCACUUCCAAUGGGCGAGAAAGAAUAAGGAAGGGCUCCUUCCACACCACGGAUGUUGUGGGCUUUUUGUGACUGACGAAGAAAGGGCCCUGUGCGCAUUUGUGGAAACCAAGUGUGUUCCACCACGAGGCUGUCGUUUUUCAUUGCACAUCGAUCAAGAGAAGCCUCCACUUCGAUUUAUCAUCGCUUUUCUUAGGACUGAAGGCGAAAAAAAUGUAGUGAGUGAGUAGAUCGACUUGUGCGUUUUUUUCAAACCUCAGCCAACAAUCUGCAGCAAACAGCGUUGGUGGAACAAGAAGAUCAUCCACGAGAGAUACCACGCACGAGACUUGAUUUCAAAUUCGACCCCAAACGGAGUGGUGUCCCUGGACCUUGGCCAUAACAUUAGUGUGACAUUGAAGACCACAGUGCUCCAGUGGUAGAGUGUUCCCAAGUUUGUAUCCUUGUGCACAGAAUGGUCCAAGUCAAUUCGUUCGCGGGAUUUGUUCCCUGUAUUGGAACAGGACCGUAUCUGCCUCCAGUUUUCAGGAGGAGAGUCUACCUAUGUGUUCUUUUCAUGAUAUUUGUGAUCGACUACAGUCAGAAUUUGGUGAACGGUUUGAAAUGCUACACGGAUGUAGAUGGCAAGCAAAUCACAACUUGCAAAGAGACUGAGGGCUUUCGAACCUGUUUCACCAAAUACAACGACAGUAAGUUUCAUCCAUCGCCUGUGCCAUUUGGAGUCAAGCAGAACUAUAAAGAGGAAGGCAUCGUAACCGGUCGAGGUUGUUCCACUAAAGACAAGGUGUUCUUCAAGGAAUGCGAGACCCAUUCCUACGGAGACACCGUGGAAAAGAUGUGCUUCUGCUCGUUCUUCCUCUGUAAUGGGGCCGCCAUAUCAAUCUGUCCCAAUAUUUUGCUCAUCACUGUACUUGCCACACUCAUGAGCGUCCAUCACCUCUUCCUGAAUGAGAGCAGCAACAUCAACAUCAACACCACCACUGGCACAAACUCAUGGCCUUUUUGGGGCGGUGAUUUAAGGCCUAAAAGGCAAAUGGUCCAUGUGGUUUCGGUUGCAGCGUCGGAUAGCCACUCACAGGCCAUUGUUAGUGCUUCCAAAUGUGAUUCAAUGACUGCUCAUUGUUGUAGUUCAUCAUUAUCCUUUAGCUCGCGUCGGAAACUGUUUCCGGUAGCGGGUGGGACAAUCAGCCCAAUCGUGGCGUAGAGUGUAUUAUGGGCGGUUUAUGGAUCAAGCCACACCCUAGCACGGGUGCCCAGUGUUCAUUGUUGACGACGAGUGACGACAAUUCUGCCGAGACGAAGAACCUCUCUCAGAUGGAUUUUCGAACUCAUCUUUAUCCUGGAUUCGAACUCAUUGGAAGUGAUUUGGUGUCAGCUGCUUUUUAUUAUGAGUGAUUUUAUAUUUCUGCAGAUACGAGUGAGAGCCAGACGAUCUUCCGAAACAUCAGCAUGCUGCUAAAACUACUUAAACUACAACCAUACCAUGUAGUCAAUUGAAAUUACACUUGUGUACCUCCCAAGGUCCAAAUCGGGCGAGGGAGUUUCUGUCAUCUCAUCUUCUUGACAAUUUUGUUAUGUUCAUUCAAGCUAUAAGUCUACGUUCCUGAUUACCCAUGUUAGUCGUCAGUCCUAACCAAACUACCAAGCGUCUAUUUCUUUUCGUAAACAUGGUAAAUGAUUAAUAAACAUGUUCACAAACCUG